CUUCGCUUGGCCCACCCCCGACCGUUUUACAGUGAAAGGUCAGUGUAUUUUUAGAUCAACGCGAGACAGUCGUUUCGAAAUGUCUUCAGAAGCUGAUCGGCAACGGGUUCUGAUUUUUGGAGCAGGACGGGUGUCAGGACCAGUGGUGGAACAUCUGUCAAAUAAUCCCCACAUUGACCUUACUAUAGUGUCCUUUGUGAAGGCAGAGUUAACAAGGGCCCAGAGUAUUUGUCCGAAAGCCUCGCUUGUCCAGCUGGAUAUCACCGUUGACUCCACUCAAAGAGAUGAACUUAUCAAGACUGCUGACAUUGCUGUAGGCUUGGUUCCUUGUCAUUUGACCGAGAUAUUAGCGGAAAUGUGUUUGAAAUACAACACAAAUUUGGUUAUGGCUAGUUAUGUGUCAGACAAAAUUCAAAAACUUCAUGAAAGAGCCAAGUCUGCUGGUUUAACGUUUCUCUGUGAGAUGGGACUUGACCCAGGAAUUGAUCACAUGCUCGCUGUCAGGGCCAUAGACCAGAUCAGAGACAGAGGAGGCAAGGUCACAUCCUAUGAACUUUGGUGUGGAGGUCUUCCUGCCCCGGAAUGUGCCAACAAUCCUCUCCAGUACAAAUUCAGCUGGUAUCCCCGCGGUGCACUAGAAAGUUGUCAGAGAGAAGCUGGAUAUCUCCAUGAGGGUCAGGUCGUAAAGAUUCCAGGUGGUGGAUCCCAAGUUUUAGAAAGAUAUGAGGAUGCCAAGUUCCAGAGUCAGUUCAAGCUGGAGGGAUAUCCAAAUGAGUUCCACUCAUCCUACCUGAAGCUGUACAACAUCGAAUCAGUGGACACGUUCAUACGGGGAACACUCAGAUACAAAGGAUUUUGUUCUGUUGUGAUCGCCAUGAUGAAAUUGGGCCUGUUUAGUGAAGAAAAACACUCACUGUUGCUGGAAACAGGACCAGAUAUUACAUGGAAAUCCUUCAUAGCCAAUGCUGUUGGUCUAGGUAAGGAUGUGACCAAUGAAGAAUUGGAUCAAGCUGUUGUGAAACAGAUAGGUGGAGAUGACAGCACACUGUCUGCUAUAAAGAGCAUGGGAUUUCUAGAUGACAUCCCAAUAGCAAAGACAGGAACACCACUCGACUGUCUGGCAGGAUAUUUAGAGAAGAAACUUGCUUAUGGGCCAGGUGAAAGGGAUCUCGUUGUGAUGCACAUUGAAGUGAGUGCUGAAUAUCCAGACAGCACCAGAGAGCGAACCGACAUCGAUCUAGUUGUGUUUGGAGAAGCAGGUGGACACUCCGCCAUGGCAAAAACUGUUGGAUACACAAUAGGGACAGCAGUACAGCUCAUUCUAGAGGGUAAAAUCACAGAAAAGGGCGUUGUUAUCCCAGUGACACGUGGGAUAUAUAAUCUUGUACUUCCGGCCUUGGAAGAGAAGGGCAUCAGUGUGAAACAGAAUACGGUCAAGCUAUAGCUUGCUACAUCACGGGUUAAUCAGUGUUUUAUAGCUUGCUACAUCACGGGUUAAUCAGUGUUUUAUAGCUUACUACGUCAUGGGUUAAUCAAUGUUUUAUAGCUUGCUACAUCACGGGUUAAUUAGUGUUUAUAGCUUGCUACAUCACGGGUUAAUAAGUGUUUUAUAGCUUGCUACAUCACGGGUUAAUAAGUGUUUUAUAGCUUGCUAUAUUCACGGGUUAAUAAAUGUUUUAUAGCGUGCUAUAUCAUGGGUUAAGAAGUGUUUUAUAGCUUGCUACAUAAUGGGUUAAUCAGUGUUUCAUAGCUUGCUACAUCACGAGUUAAUCAGUGUUUUAUAGCUUACUACGUCAUGGGUUAAUCAAUGUUUUAUAGCUUGCUACAUCACAGGUUAAUCAGUGUUUUAUAGCUUGCUAUGUCAUGGGUUAAUCAGUGUUUUAUAGCUUGCUAUAUUCACGGGUUAAUAAGUGUUUUAUAGCUUGCUAUAUUCACGGGUUAAUAAGUGUUUUAUAGCUUGCUACAUCACGGGUUAAAAAGUGUUUUAUAGCUUGCUACAUCAUUGGUUAAUCAGUGUUUUAUAGCUUGCUACAUCAUGAGUUAAUAAGUGUUUUAUAGCUUGCUACAUCAUGGGUCAAUAAAUGUUUCAUAGCUUGCUACAUCACGGGUUAAUCAAUGUUUUAUAGCUUGCUACAUCACGGGUUAAUCAAUGUUUUAUAGCUUGCUACAUCAUGGGUUAAUAAAUGUUUUAUAGCUUGCUACAUCACGGGUUAAUAAAUGUUUUAUAGCUUGCUACAUCAUGAGUUAAUAAGUGUUUUAUAGCUUGCUACAUCACGGGUUAAUAAAUGUUUUAUAGCUUGCUACAUCACGGGUUAAUCAAUGUUUUAUAGCUUGCUACAUCAUGAGUUAAUAAAUGUUUUAUAGCUUGCUACAUCACGGGUUAAUACAUGUUUUAUAGCUUGCUACAUCAUGAGUUAAUAAGUGUUUUAUAGCUUGCUACAUCACGGGUUAAUAAAUGUUUUAUAGCUUGCUACAUCACGGGUUAAUCAAUGUUUUAUAGCUUGCUACAUCAUGGGUUAAUAAAUGUUUUAUAGCUUGCUACAUCAUGGAUUAAUAAAUGUUUUAUAGCUUGCUACAUCACGGGUUGAUCAGUGUUUUAUAGCUUGCUAUAUCGUGGCUUAAGUGUUUUAUAGCUUGCUACACCAUGGGUUAAUAAGUGUUUUAUAGCUUGCUACAUCAUGGGUUAAUCAGUGUUUUGUGUUUUACUGAACAGUGUACAGUGUACAGUGGUGGAUUCACCACACAGAAUUAUAGUGCUACUCAUCAAGGUAUAAAAGUGAACAUUUUGAUGAAAUGUUUUCAAAAUAUUAUAAACAGAGCCCAUUGUCUUUAGAACUAGAUAUUCUAGUUAGUAAAAUAUUUAACAAAAUCGGUUACUCUUGGGAGUAAGAAAUACUACUGGUGUUUCAGAAUAAACAUAUCAAACAUAA